AUGGCCUUGCUGAAAUUUCUUAGUUUGAUGGUCACCCUAAGCGUUGUAGCAUUCUCAAGCGCACAAGAAUCCUGUUUGAAGCUCAAUACAUGCGUGUGUAUGUUCAGUAAUAAGUCAAUAGUUGACUUAUGGCCGGUGGACGGAUCUUCCAAACCGAGGUAAAAACUUUUCAUAUUCAUAUCCUGAAUUGUUAAAAAAAAAAACAUCUUGAUUUGAUUGCAUUUGCCUCGCUCUGUAUUUUGGGGAGAAAGAAGCGCAGAGAAUCUCAUUUCCAUCCAAGUACUUCUAGAUGCGCAAAGAAUGCUUUGUAAUAAAGAUGUUAGCUUAUAGCCUCCCACGCAGACGUUCUUAGGGCUUUGUCACUGAUCCUUACUUUAUUCUCUAUACUAGACAUACUUGAUAUACUGGAUGUACUCAUACCGCAGGCAAACUAAUUAGCCAAAAGACAUAAAAAGUCGUUUUCUUUAUCAUCCUUCAGGGGAAAAUUAUGAUAAUAAUGCCAAUGUAAUGUGUUGUUCUCCGAGGGGGUCAAAGGGGUUUUUGCGUAAAAAUUAAAUUAAAAUUCGUGAAAUGUGAAUGGUUUGCUUGUCGUGAUACGUGAACUUUUAAAUCUUCUAUCCGAUAUUCGUGAUUUUCAACUAAUUUUUCCGUGCAAAUGGAUGGUAAGUUGAAACUGAAGAAAAAUUUUACUGAAGCCAGUGGACCUUCGAAUGAACUUGUCUAAUUAAUAGUCUUAAAGGACUUAAAGUCGUUCCCUUGUUUCACCCACGGAGUCCAGAGCUUGGAAAGAAUUUCCGUAACGUCAGUAUUUCUCAAUCGAUCAUAAUUCAGCUCUUAUUUUUGUGGAGCUAACACGCGUGAGGUUUUCGUGUGGUCAUCUUGGGUGCAGUGGCCGACAGUGACAAUGAGCAAGUUUUUAAAUUAGAGGGAGUACAUAGCAGAGCUUCCGCGCACGCGCUAGCCCCCGGGCCCAUACCUAAGAGAAAAUGGGAACCCAUCGAUACCAGAAAAUUUGGUUAUGACGUCACCGUACGCCCGUUCGAACGAUCGUUCGAACGAACUUUGGGGGAGGGGGAAGGGAGUCAGGGCAGGGUUAUACGUCUGCUAGUGCUAGAUUUUUUCAGCAGGAAACGCUUUUGGGUAACCCGCGUUCUGUUUGGCGGGAAAUCGCGUGGCUAUCGUCGCUCUAGAAAAAAGUUUUUCUUCUUAUGAAAUAGUUUACAGCUGUAUUUUAAUGUCUAAAUUGACGUGGAUAACAGGGAAAGAGCUACAGCGAGAGAUAAAAAAGGAGACCAAUUUCGUUGAAAGAAAAACAUGAAAAUUUUAUAGCGGCGGUGAGAAUGCUAGCGGCCACGAAGGUGAAAAUGAAAGAAAUGUAGAUAAAACGUGUGCUGCACGUGCAAAGUCGUUUUUUUGCUAAUUAGACCACUGAUUAAUUUUGGCUGUUUUCGUUGCCGUCGCCGCUUUAUAGCAUUACACGAUUUUAUAUUUUGUUUGAUUAAAUUAUAGAUAUUAAUCGGAGCUUCGUUUUUAGUCCUGCCUAAAUCUAUAUAUUAAAUUAUGUAGAUCCCCUGGGUUUUCUUGGAGGUAAAGAACGAAUUCGAAUACCUACAGUAAGCAUUCAUUCCUUGAAGCUCUUAAGCGGCUCAUCAUUGAGUACACUGGUUUGAAAGCUGAGUCCAGGGAGGAUAAAGGUUGGGCGGAGAAACGAGCGCUCCGCUCUUCAUUAAAUGUUUGAUGCGGAGUAGGACUGGCACGAGCGCUCUUUCCGCGCUUCCGGUUUAAGCUUCCGGUGCGCUUGAAGGCCGGCGAAAUUUUCCUUUUUGCAAACCGGAAAUCCUAUUAUCUUUCAGUAAUUUCAGGCUACAAUGUUAAAUAGACAAAUUCGUUUCAUAACAAUAUUAAUAAACAGUUUCAUAUGUUUUUGCCUGUACGUCUAUAAGUCAAACUUGUUGGUCGUAUAAUGCCAAAAUUUGAGUUUAAUUUGAAAGUGUUGAAUACCUCCUCCUUCUACUAAAAAUCACCCAAUCGUCUUUCGCCGUUUCGUUUGUAAAGCUUAACACUUCCUAACCUCAGUUAUUACAUAUGUUAAAGGGGGAUAAAUUUUAUAUAACAUAACAAAAAAUUAGAUUGAUAUAUAUUGAUAUAGUGGCGUUGUACUUCUUCAAACCAUAGUUAAUUGAGUGGAAUGGUUAUGAAACCCGUCAGACUCCUUUGUUAUAUGUUUUUGUGGACCUGACAGUGCACAACGUUCAAAAGAAUUCCUAUCAUUUUUAUUGUAUUGACCAAUAAAAACGUUGCAUUAAUUUAUUCCGUAACAAUUUGCCAACAGAAAACAAAGGAUUGUGCACUUUCACGGUACUUCCAACAUAAACUGCAGCACUAUUGUUCUUAUCACUGAUGUUUGCCGCUUUUCAUAACCAGUCUCCUCUAAUAACUAUGUUCAAACUUUGCUUCUCGGGUGCAACGCGCCAUGGCGAUUCGCGCAAUGCGUUGCAAAUCUGGCAACCGCAUGUAAACAAAAUUUAUUGAGGUUAGUUGUAAGGUUUUUUCUCCGUUUUUCUCUCUAAAACAAAACAAGGUAAACAGUAAAAACUGAGAGGAAACUAAUUUUGAAGUUUCGAAGAAACAGAAAGACGUAUGAGAUAUUUUUUUCAAAAUUAAAAAGAAGGAUGAUGGUGAUUGAAAUUAGCAUAAUUUCACCUUGCACGAGCUGUACGCAUUUAUAAAAUACACGUCAUCUACAUGUAGUUAUGAAACACGAUCUGCUGUCUUUUAGGGCGCGAUCCAUUCAACCAAAAUUCAGACCUGUCCGACCGGGAAAAGAGGACCACCUCAAAAGGUGGACCCGUUUUUUCGAAACUUUUCCGGUUGGACCGAACCGAUCCAUUGAGUUUUGGACCGAAAUUUCCGGAAAUUUUGGUUGAAUGGAUCGCGCCCUUAGUUUCGCCAUGGAUGACAUGGAUGAGAUUUUCCUUCGUGUUUUAGACAAUAAUUAGUUGUUUUUGUUUUGGAAUAACAUCGACAUUGGCGAGUAGCAGAACGAAAAUAUAAUUCAGUGGUAGAGUCACGGAAGUAUAAUAAAAGAAAUCCUUUCAAAGAGAUGUUUGUCUACUCCAACUAAACCUCCCGCAAAAAAUAGCAACAUUUGCCUCUCGGAGACAGCGUACCAGCACAAAGGAACGAGGAAGAAGUGCAAGAAAACAAAUCAAGCUGUCAUAAUUCAGUGACAGCGGCAGUGUCUAAUGCACAAACCACAUCGCAAGCCCUGACCGAAGGACUGACCGAAGUCGAAAACAAGCGACAUUUCUGGGCAGAGUCGCAGUCCACUGCAUCACACCUUUUUGCUCGGACGCGCUCGUUUCACCGCCCAACCUUUCUCCGCCCUGCUGAGUCCGAGUGUUUGCGCUUUCUCAAUUCAGCGGACCCGACUAUCUCGGCGCCUGGAACAGGCUAGUUCUAAAAUGGUCUAGGAUCCCCGGCUGAAAUAAAACUCUGGUAGAAAAGUCCGCAGCAACAACAACAAUGCAACAACAGCAAUGAUCAAUAUGAAAUGAAUUUUCGACGAGCAGUUACACUUCCUAGUAGCCUCUCACGCAGGCGUUUUUAAGGGAGCUCGCUUUUCAUCCCUAGGGAUGAAAAACGAACUCCCCUAAAAACGCCUGCGUGGGAGGCUAACUUCGUAGCGGAAGAAUGGUCAAAGCCAAGUCAAAGUUCUUCUAAGUUUCCCUUUAAUAUUUAGACCUAUUUCGUGGAUAGCAAAUAAAUAAGGCAAUGGAAUUGAGGUUAAAUGGCAUUGCUUUUUUAAAAGUACUAUCCGGUACCCUCAUCUACAUUGUAUGUUCACCUGACUUCUGUUACUUCUCUUUCUCUGCAAUGGCUGUGCAGCGGGAGGCUGAAAAUUAUAAGAAAAACAUCAACGCUACUAUUAACUCUGGGGUAGCGGCAGUCUGAACAGGUCUAGCCAUCCGCUGUCCUGUUACUUCGGAAACUUCCGUGAAACGUGAACACGGAAUUUUUAUCUCAGUGAUGCGUUAUUUUCACUUUUUAAAGUCCGUGAUACGUGCGUAGGACCCUCCCCUUUUUCCCCCUCUUCUCCGUUUCACGCAGUUUGCUCUCCGUACAUUACAACCGGUCGACGAUGAUCAUAAAAUCAGUUCUAAUGUUUUCUUUUAAGCUUAUGUUAUUUAACAAUGAUCAAUACAAACCUCGAUUGAGAAUGUUUCAGCAAUGUACCAAAGUGGUAUCUUUUCAUUUUAGUUUUACUCAAAUACCGGGAGCUGAGGGACGCGUCUUUGAGUGGAACCCCUGCACACCUCUCAGUACUGGUGUAUCUGGUUGUAACAAUGUGACGGUAAGUUAGUGACAUGCCGUCUUAACUCUAGGAGUGUAUGGCGUACAUUUGCGGACAAAAAUAAUUGAAAAUAAAAUAUAAUUUGAAGUUCAAAAAUUAGACUAUCCAUUUCGAAAUCUCGUCAUAUGAAUUUGAAAUCGCAAUGAACGCAGUCGAAAUAGCAUCAUUCGAACUUGAAGUUACUUUGAACAAGUUGAAACUAUAAAGGGAAAACUCGACAUCGCGGAUGUUGAAGUUCAAAUCACCAUUCCAACUAAAAUGCAAAUUACAUGAUUUGAACUUCAAUUCACCUUCUCCACUCUAAUAAGCUUCUUAAUUAUCUUCCACAAAAUUCCAAAUGAAAUCUUUAAUUUGAAAUUAACGUCACGUCACAUAUUCGAAUUCGAAAAACCAAAAUUUCAAUUCGAAAGGAAGCGGAAGUAAAAAUACACAGGAACCGGAAAUAAUAAGAGUUUCGCUACACUGUACGUAUGGGAUGUUUGCAUAACUGCAUUUUGGCGCGAAAAGAUUUCCCUUCACUCAAACUCUCUGGCGGACAAUGUGAAUGAUAAGAGUGACUCUAGGACAAUCCAAGAGAUUGUGAGGGCUGUCGUGGCAAACUUAAGAGUGGUUUUCUGUAAAAUUCGAACUUCGGCCUGACACGUUACCUGGUCGAUUUGGCUGAUCUUUGGCAUGUAGUUUUAGAAUGGUUUCCUAAAUACUUAAUGCAUAUUCUAAGGUUUGAAUUCUCUUUGGUCUCAAAGAUACAGAAAUGACAGUUUUGACGAGGCCUCGAGGGGCCGCCAUGUUGGUGAACUGAAGGAGGUUUACUAUGGUUAAUUCUAGCUUUAUCUGUUCAAAUCAUGCAACUGUAGUUCUGCUCCGUUACAUUUACCCAAUUAUUUUAUUCAACAAUCUAACUUAUCUACAAACACACUAUGUUUAGUGAAAACGGCUUACUCUAAAUCGAUGUGGCAUGGGUGAUAUUGGCCUCCCAAUUUCUACAAAAUUUGUGUACCUUUUAACUUGUUUUAAGUACCGAAAAAGUGCUGUGCGAAGUUAUAGCCGUUCUUAGCUCAGGCUAAACUAUUUUCGGAUAGAAAAAAGGUAAAUGAAAGGAGGAAGGAUAAUUCUUUGCAACUGUAUGAGUCACGUUAUUUUAAUGAUGAAGCUAGAAUUAAUUAUAGUAAACCUCCUUCAGUUCACCAACAUGGCGGCCCCUCGAGGCCUCGUUAAAACUGUCAUUCCUGUAUCUUUGAAACGAAAGAGAAUUCAAACCUUAGAAUAUGCAUUCAGUAUUUAGGAAACCAUUCUAAGACUACAUGCCAAAAAUUAGCCAAAUCGACCAGGUAACGUGUCAGGCCGAAGUUCGAAUUUUACAGAAAACCACUCUUAAGUUUGCCACGACAGCCCUCUCAAUCUCUUGGAUUGUCCUAGAGUCACCCUUAUCAUUCACAUUGUCCGCCAUAUUGACCAGAGAGUUUGAGUGAAGGGAAAUCUUUUCGCGCCAAAAUGCAGUUAUGCAAACAUCCCAUACGUAUUAGCCUGCGAAAACAUCCGUUUCUCCUCGCUAAACGUCCCCAGCGGCGAAGAGCGAGGAGAAACGGAUGUUUUCGCAGGCUACAUACGUAUACGUACAGUGUAGCGAAACUCUUAUCAUUUCCGGUUCCUGUGUAUUUUUACUUCCGCUUCCCUUCGAAUUGAAAUUUUGGUUUUUCGAAUUCGAAUAUGUGACGUGACGUUAAGUUCAAAUUAAAGAUUUCAUUUGGAAUUUUGUAGAAGGUAAUGGUUGCAUUGUUGACGAUUAAUUAGCUUAUUAGAGUGGAGAAGGUGAAUUGAAGUUCAAAUCAUGUAAUUUGCAUUUUAGUUGGAAUGGUGAUUUGAACUUCAACAUCCGCGAUGUCGAGUUUUCCCUUUAUAGUUUCAACUUGUUCAAAGUAACUUCAAGUUCGAAUGAUGCUAUUUCGACUGCGUUCAUUGUGAUUUCAAAUUCAUAUGACGAGAUUUCGAAAUGGAUAGUCUAAUUUUUGAACUUCAAAUUGUACUUUAUUUUCAAUUAUUUUUGUCCGCAAAUGUACGCCAUAGGAGUGUGGCAGAUACAAAACAUACAUGAAGGACCUGUUGGUCAACAACACAGUGAAUUUAAGAAAGAUAUUUCCACAUUUCCAUCUAUCUCUCGUAUUAAAACAUAAAUUUGAACAGAACUUUGAACCAUUUCACUGAAUCUGGUAUAAUAUAAAAUUCAUGUCAUAAAAGUAUCAUUUUCUAUCUCUUGUAUUAAUAUAUAACUUUCAGCUACUUUCAACAUAUCUGAGAUCUAUUACUGCGAAACUCACAAAACCGUGAACAUCAGAAAUAUUUAUGGAAUGUUAUUGUGUUGCGAGAAAUAAGCCAAUAAGGCGCGAGAUAACUAAGACCGUGUUUACUUGGAGCGGGGGACCCCGGUUUAGUGGGGUAGGUUUCUUUUGUUUUGUGUCCCUCAGAGUGUGAAAACAAAAGAAACCAACCCCACUAGACCGGGGUCCCCCACUCCAUGUAAACAGGCCCUAAACCGCAAACAGCAACGGUAAUUAAUUUUUGGUUUUGAGGUUUGCUUGCGUAUCCUGAACUUUAUUGUGAUUGACCUGUACACAAUCAACAUUCCUGAAAUUUUCAGGUGUUCACGGUUUUCUGAGUUUGAAUGUAAUUAAAAAAACAAAAACUAUUAAUAGUGGUCACAGCCUUGAAUGUAUACAAUUAUAAAGGACAAAUGGUAACCCAUUAAACACUUUCUAACAGUUUGUGUGUAAUAGACCGGUCAAAAUUGAAACAAACAAAAACAACCAAAAAGUGUCUGAUAGUGCCCACUGUAAGCUAUUUCAAGGAUUUAUAAGUAAAACCAUUCUACCAAAGGGAUGUUUUAUGGUAGGGUGAUCAAGACAUUUCCUUUUAACAAGUCACUUUAAAUAUAUAGUUGUGUAUUUUUAUUUUUUUAUUAUUUUGUUUAUUUAAUAUCAAUGUAAUUCUACUUAUUUUUUUUCAUGUUCUAGUUGUAAAAGCACUUUUUUGAUCUAUUUUAAAUUAUUAUACAGUGAAACCUCUAUUAGGCAGACCCUCGGUUCAGCUGACACAUGACACCCUCUACUCUAUACUAAGCAGACAUUCAGUCCGGUCUUGAAAUAAGCGCCUUGUAUCUUCUAAAACCAACCUCUACGUAUACCAGACGGACACCUCUUUUAAGCGGACGCGGACACCAAAAUAGUUGUUAUUUUGGCAGUUUUUUAUUGUUUCAAACCUCUGUUUAGCGGACAUCUGAACUGUCAAGUAAACAUAAGAAUCUGGGGGAACAGCUACACCACAUGGCUUUACAAUUAUCCUGUCAAGCUGUAUUUAUGUCAACGCUUUGUUACUGUAAGAGGGUGGGAAGUAAAUGGCUGGGUGUUUUCUUUAGAACACAUUUGCGUUUUAAAUAAGAAAUUCAAUACUGAUUUCCUGGCAUUGGAAAAAAGAUCCAAGCAUUUUUAAAAGGUUUUAAAUUCAGCUGAAUAGAAUUUCUCAUUUAUUUUUGUAACCCGUUGUAACCAGUUAGUGGUCUAUUAUCAAUGCUGCGUUCUGAUUGGUUGAGCUACUACUAGGCUAUAUGUUAUAGCCCACUAGUACCGAAAGCGCAAGCUUUUUGGCGGCAAAAAUAGGAUUAAAGUCUAGCUUUAACCAGCUAACGUUGUUUUGUCUCGAUAUUUUUGACCAGCUAGUUGGAUUUUACUAAAACAGUUAUUGCUCUCGCCCUCAUGGUCUCUGAGUCAAUAGCCCAUUCGGCCCUCGGCCUCAUGGGCUAUUGACUCAGAGCCCAUUUGGGCUCGAGGAAUAAUUGUUAAAUAGACUCUAAAUGCAGCUUGUACCAGCCUGGAGAGAAAGCAGUUCUUGAGCAUGUAUCAUCUUCUGUUCCAUACUUGUAUAGGCAUACCUCAUGAAAUGCUCAUUUUUGGUGAUACUUAAUUAGUAAAUAUGAAGACUGAAAACCGAUAAAGAAAAAAUUCGGGGACAAUUUAAAGUUGCAACAAAAAAUUCUUGCACAGCCCAAUGGCAAAAAAACAAUGCUUAACAAAACAAAAUUGGCCACCACCCCCCUUCCCCACACACCUCAAAAAUAAAAUGGUCCCUCCCUUAAGGGAUCAGGUAAUCUCGUACCCAGAUCUCACUCUGUUUUACACUGGCCGUGAGAGAUCUGGGUACGAGAUUUAGGAUCAGGGUGGCUUACAGGUUGCUUACAGUGGCCCGGCCUAAUUGUUUGUUGGGUUUCACUUUUUGUCUAGUUCAGACCAAGACAUGCCAUUUUCCCCAUGUAAUCAUUUUCAGACCUGGCAUCCAGAAGUUGUAAAAUUCGGUUGGCUAGCAUAUACAAACAGUAAAUUUAUGAGGAAGAGUAACUGUAUAAAAUUUUGAUAAUUUUGAUUCUCCCACAGUCUUGCCAAAGGACUAACACUGAAAAUUUUCCAGCUGGGACAGCAAACACCACUUUUUCUGUGGACAGUGAAGGCAAUGCUGUUAUCACAUAUGGAGCAUCGAAAAGUCAUUUUGAUAAUACAUGGAGGUAUUUUGCAACGUUAUUUUCAAACCAGAGUCUACGAUUGGGAGAAAGGGUCAAAGAAUAGCUGGUAUAAACAGUCAAUAGAUUUUUUUUGUCCCCUUUUUUCCCAUGAACUCCUAAAAUGUGACAACAGAAAUAACUUAUUUUGAAGCCAGCACCCAAGCCUUUUCCCUACCUGACCAGUUUUUGGCCUUUGGAGGCCUGGGUAGCAAAGCCCACUUAGCCUUCUUUAUGUUAGAGCAACCUCGUCCUCAGGGCUAAAGCCACGGAAAACCGCCCUGGGGACGAGGUUGAUGUUAGAGGGUUCUUUGAAGGGGACAGCUCUUCUAGCGAGAGGACUCCAGGACUUGAUACUUUUCUUCUUUUUAAUGACUGACAGCAACACAAACUUCUUCAGCUCAGCUUCUUAAAACAGCUAAUCACAAACUGCUAACCAUCCAACUAUACAACUUAUAUAAGCAAAACGUGGAUACGUUCAGGCUUGCUGACGAUGAACGACGACGACGAACGACGAACGCUAUUCCGAACUGCUUACUCUACAUGUAAAGAAUUUCCUGUUGUUAACCAAAGUGGAAAAAUUCAAACCUGUAAGAAACCCAAUGAAAGCAUGAUAGCUAAAUCCACGAGGCUCUACUUUAAACCAAAACAGAAACUCUGAUGUAGGUAACAAUCAAGGUCAGCGAUGGUCCUAAAACCUAAAAGACUGACAAUCAAACUUAAUUAAACCCCAAGCUUAAUGACACUUAUGUCGACUAACCUAUUAAAAAGGUAACAACACUCAAAAACCUGUUAACACUUAUAAUAGUUAACCUUGAUCUUUAAACCCAAACAUAACGAAACCCUGAGCACGAGCGAACGCUCAGGAACAAACAAACUUGUCAUCAAAAAUCCUUAUGAUGAUGAUUUCAAAAACAACCACAAAACCGCUUCAUAACAUACCUCCCUUCUCAGAAAAAGCAUCGUCCUCGAUGCUUAAGGGAACGACAAAUUCAAAUAGUAAGUACUAAAAGAAAGAUGAAAAGUUAAGCUCGAAAUUUAAAGUAUUCUCUCAAAAAUCAUCAAACACCUAUAAACUAAAAAAAAAAAAACCAAAAAUGGAAGAGAGACAUGUUCGAAAAAUAAAGUUGACCCUUAACAGACAUUGUAACGGUUUUCGACGCCAUCUUGACGAGUAGGCAAACGCAGAACGGCUGUGCUGAAAAAAAUAUGAUUUGUAAACUAAAGCUUAACUCCUAUGGAUUCUACUGAAAAAAUUUGAGUGCGUUACAUGCACUAGAAGACCUAGAACCAUUUUUAAAUUUCCUAUACUUUUGUCUGUAAGAAAGUCCGGGGAAAAUUACAGACAAAUAUAUGGAAAAUCUGAAGCAAUCCUCUGGAGAAAUUGUAAGCACAGGUAGGCCUCCAAAAUUUUUUAGGACAAUCCUUUGCUUUGUAGCUUUAGUUUACAAUUGAUAUUUUUUUUUCAGAACAGCCGUUUUGCGGAAAUUAUUCGACGUUAGAUUCUCAUAUAAACACUGUAAUUUCUCACACGUUCGCUUACUCGUCAAGAUGGCGUCGAAAACUGGGACAAGGUCUAUGGGGAAGGAAAUCGCCAUGGUGAGUGGAUUUUUUUGUCGAAGGAAGGAGGCAGACGUUGCUUUAUUCUUUCAAGUGACAAGAAUGAGAAAGAUCAUAACAAUCUAAGCAAACUUAACUAGUCGAUUAUUGCCCGAAACAGGAAGAUCACAAAGCAACGAACCUUGAAACACGAAACAAACAAAACGGAUCGAAAAUCACAAACCAAUACCUUUUGAACUCGUGCAAGUAAAUAUCUGUUUCCUAAAAGGUCCGCUAAGAUGAUUGACGGAACAGAAAAACCCAAAAUAUGCAAAACGCACAGCGCAAUACAACAAAUUUCGCUAUAAAGCAAUCAAUUAACAAUUAUUCCACGAGUGCGCGGAGAUGGUAGCUAACCAACGAGGUGCGUAGCGCCAAGUUGGCUAUCAUCUCAUAUCUAACAAGCGCGAGUGGAAUAAUUGUUUUAUUAAAAACACCCACAAAAUAUCAAGAAAUACUUCCCGACUUUAUUUGUCAAAACAACCGAUGUUCAGCUUGUUUUUAACAGACGCGUACAGUUACCAUAUUUGGGGAGCAUGUUAUAAUGGCUCAUAUAACAUGAUGGCUACAAAGCCAAUCAGAGCUCUAGUAUUGUAUCAUCCAAUGAUUCAGUUUUUAAUAAUAGCUGUUAUAGAAUUAACUGAUAUAUGGUUUAUGUAGGCAAACAGAAAUUACACUGAAGUGCGAUCCAGGCAAACCAGGCAAAGGAACCAUACCAAACCUUACAGGGACAUUUCUUCCCUCAGGACAUGUCUUAUAUGUAAAUAUAUUAGAGUAUUUUGAUUUUUAA